AAUUCAUUUCAAAUUUAAAACGUAGUGGCCGUGUGCAUCUUUUUCCCCGUGUGUCUCUUUCGAUUGUGUUAGGAAUUUGGUUAUUGAAAAGGCGCGGUUGGAGACAACUCAACUUGACCGAAAUCUAAACAGCAGAGAAAAUGACGUCAUCGAGAAGUAGUUGUAGGCGAUUGACGGUGGCCACCGCUUUGGUCUGCUGUUUGCUGGCCGGUUUGGCCGUCUCCCUGCCGGCCGGUGAGCUGGCCAACAGUCAGACCAUGUCGAGCAGCUCGUCGGUUUCGGCUUCGUUUUCUUCGUCGUCGGUCCAGCAAUCGGCCUCGGCUUCCGUCUCCUCCUCGGCCGACAAGAAACAAUUGAUUAAAACAACCACCACAACAACAUCGACAACCACAUCGACGACAUCGACGACGACCGAUGCGGCUCCCAUCGUCAUUCCUUUAGAUGAAACGGAGAAGGAAGAAGCCCAGCCCGACUACCAGGAGCCUCAAUCUCAACCGGAACCCGAGCCGGAGCCCAAACCCGAGCCGGAACCCGAACCCAAACCGGAACCCGAACCCGAGCCCGAGCCCAAACCCGAGCCCGAGCCCGAGCCCAAACCCGAGCCGGAGCCGGAGCCCAAACCCGAGCCCAAACCUGUCGAGCCUGUCGACACGGAUGCCACCGAUUUACAGAAUUUACAGAAACCCAAGGAGGAGAUUCCAGUGCUGAAACCCGUGGAGGAAACCAAGGCCGACGUGGAGGAGGAAUCCAACGACAACAGCAUCCAGCAGCAGCACUCUGCCCGGCCAGCGGCAGAAAAUCGAGAAGAAGAAGAAGAUGAGGAGGAGGUGACCUACUUGGCCAUCAAGGACGCUUUCGUGCACGACGGCCAAGAUGGCGGCCAAGAAAUGGAAGGCAACGCUGAUUUGGUGAUGGCGGGUUAUCGGCCGGAUCACCUCCAGGUCGACUGGAAUGACAUGAUGGUGGGAGACGGGCCGGCGGCCAUGCAAUCGAUUGACGACGAUGAAGAUGAUGACGAAGAGGAUGAAGAUGAUGAUGGUGAAGAAGAGGCCACGGCGGCCGCCACCAAAACGGUGAAACACGUCAAGAUUGAGAAAGACGAUCACCACAAGAGUGGCGGGCACACGGCCCAGCAGAACACGGCCGACGACCAAGAUGACGACGACGACGAAGAUGAUGACGACGACCAAGAGGAAUCGGCUCACCACCGACAGGUGGCGGCGGCGCCCGUCGUGGAGGACACGACGUACGAAAUGGAAGAUGACGACGACGAUCACGCCUCAUCCAGUCCUCAUCCGACAUCCAUGACCAAUCACCAUGACGACGACGACGACGACGAUGAUGAUGAUUACGAUGAAGCGACGGAAGAACCUCAUUCGAGCGGAUCGACGAUGAUGGCCUCUGCGAUGGCGCUGAUCCUGUCGGCUGUCGUGACCCGAUUGCUGGCUUAAAUCAAUCAAUU